AUGGACCUCAGCCGGAACUCGACUUUCGACCCUCCUCGCCCGGACUCGAUCGUCUCCCGUCCGUACUCGACCGCACUGCAAGAGAUCAGUCCUCCGCACCUCUCGCCCUUCCCCAAGCUCGUCAACCCUCCUCCCAACGUCCCACCCUCCGACGACGAACUUGAAGCCCGCCUCGAAAAUGCCCGCAUUCCCGUCCUCAACUCCAACGAUCCGGACAUGCAGCUCGCCUGGGCCACCGACGCCCUCGUCUACACAGGCGUCUGCUCCGACGAAGCCGACCGUUUCGCUGCCGCGAAACCCUCCCAAGCACGCCCCGUCACCCCUCGCAUCGAACACCAACUCAAACAAGACGCCAUGAACAUCGUCACGUUCCUCGCUGAUCAACACCACCCGCGAGCAGAGUUUCUACGAGGGAUGUGGUUGGAAUGGGGAAGAUAUGGCCAGCGGGAGGACAAGAAAGAGGCGUUUCGGUGCUACUCCCGCGCGGCGGAUAGAGGUUUCGCACGAGCUGAAUACCGAAUUGGAAUGCUGUACGAGUCGUAUAAUGACCCUGCCAAAGCGCUGCGACACUAUCAUCGCGGGGUGGAAGCGGGUGAUGCAGCUUCUUGCUAUCGGUUGGGCAUGAUGACGUUGAGAGGACAACAUGGACAACAGCAGGACUUCGGGAAAGGAAUCGACUUGAUCAGACAGUCGGCCGGUGCGGCGGAUGAGAAUGCCGCGCAAGGAGCGUAUGUGUAUGGCAUGCUGCUGGCGAGACAACUGCCGCAGAUUGAAGUGCCGGAUCACCUCCUGCCGUACGAUGAGAAGCUUGCGAGAGAGAAUAUCGAAAAGGCGGCAUAUAUGAAAUUCGCCAAAGCGCAGGCCAAGCUCGGCUCAAUGUAUGAGUUGGGAGCGCUGGGUUGUGACUUCGACCCGGCCUUGUCGAUGCAUUACAACGCUCUGGCGUCGAAGCAAGGCGAGGCGGAUGCUGAUAUGGCGUUGAGCAAGUGGUUCCUCGUCGGAGCGGACAAAAUCUUCCCCAAGAACGAGGAGUUGGCGUAUACCUAUGCUGAACGAGCGGCGCAGACGGGUCUGCCUACUGCGGAGUUCGCGCUGGGAUACUUCCAUGAGAUUGGCAUGCACGUUCCCGUCAAUCUGGAGAAGGCGGAAGAGUGGUAUGAGAAGGCCGCGAAGCAUGGGAAUGAGGACGCCAAAAGUCGGCUUGACGGUCUCGCCAAGAAGAACGUCUUGUCGAAGAAGGAUCAUGAAAAUGUCGCCAUCCACCGCAUCAGAUCUCAGCAUGACUCUAUGCGUGCGGCUCAACGACCUGAACGCUUCCGGCAGAAGCAAGAACCCUCUCUGUCACAAGUCCCUGAGCAACAACCUCAAUACGCGGCGGCGUACCCUCCGUAUGCCCACGCCGCUGCUGCUGCCUCGCCACUUCAUCCUCGUGGCACCACUCCCUACCCCGAAGACAACAACCCACCACGCUUCGAUCCUCGUCCAGCCUCCGUCGCUCCAUACCCGACGAGUGAAGGCCCACCGCGCAUCGGCGGCGGUCCCGCUGGCGGUUUCUUCAACGUGCAACCUCUGGCUCCUCGCGCCGCGACCACAGUCUACUCCAACGACCCUCGCACUCACUCCGCCUCCACUCCCGCCUUCACAUUCCACCCAGACCAAGGCAUGGCCUCCAACGCCUCCCUCCCACCCAACUCCGCUCGCCCUAUGUAUCCCAACUCCCCAAUGUAUCCUCCCGCCAACAACGCCUCCGCUCCGCACCUCCGGCCCUACGAGCAACGCCACGCUUCCACCCCGCACCUCUCCUCUGGCCCUCCAACUCCCGCUUUCAGCCCAGCGCCUGGUGCGAGUGCCAAGCCGACCGCUGGUGGGAGGGGCGGAAAGGAUAGGUUGAGUAGUCGUCCGGCUGCAUCGCCCGCACCGCCGAGCGGUGGAAAUGGUGGUGGAAACGGUGGGCCGGGUAAGGGACCCAAGACGUUCGAGGAGAUGGGCGUUCCGGCGCAUAAUCAGGACAAGGAAUGUGUAAGUCUGCCCUUCAUCCUGUUGAGUUUGAUGUUGGUAAGAGCGAUGCUGAUGAAUUUCGCAGGUUAUUAUGUGAGAUCGCGCAACAGAAGAGGCACACGACGGCGAGCAUGUCACGAUUAA